AGAGAAGGGACACGUCAAAACCUUUCUAUUAUUCGCCUUGCCUUCGACCGCCCCAGUGAAAUGGACAAAAACAAAGCAAAUAUCAAUUCAAAUUUUGUAAAACCUUUUCUUCCCCCAAAAAUGCAAGACGCGCUUGCUUUCUGAGUUUUGUUUCGUCUCUCACCUGAAUGAUGCGCAACACUCUGUUUGAUUAGGGUUAGGGUUUCAAAUUCAAUCUCUCUGCAACUGCAUACCAAAAAUAUGUCGACCUCUUGUUGCCGAAGCUUCCUCUCCUUUCUUCUCAAAUUUCUGAACUUUCUCCAGACGUUCAUGGGCGUAUCCAUCAUACUCUAUUCCAUAUGGAUGCUCAAUCAGUGGAACCAUCACAUUCCCAUCCCUUCCGCUCCCUCCCCCGACAGUCCGGCUCCGGGUUUGCCCAAUCUUGAAGCCAUGGUGGUUUCUCAUCGCAUCGCUCCAUUGAAUUUCGCUGUUGAUAUGGGUUCUGGGUUCGACAGCGGGCUCGAAUUGCAUCUUCCCGCCCCUUGGUUCAUAUACAUAUUUAUGGGAGUUGGUAUUGUGUUGUGCUGUAUCACUUGCAUAGGUCACAUUGCAGCGGAAGCAAUUAAUGGCUGUUGCCUAUGCUUUUAUACUCUACUCAUUACCAUACUGAUGUUACUAGAAGGAGCUUUUGUGGCUUAUAUUGCAAUUGAUCAUCACUGGGAAAAGGAUCUUCCAGCUGACCCAACAGGAGAAUUUGAAAGCCUGCGUUCUUUCAUCGAAGAAAAUGCUGAUAUAUGUACGUGGGUUGGCAUUGUUGUAGUUGUAAUUCAGGCAUUGUCUCUACUACUCGCAAUGAUCCUGAGAGCUAUGGUUUCUUCUUACAGAGCAGACUAUGACAGUGACGAGGAUUGUGCUGUUGUUCGGGGUAGAGCCUGGGAGCCACUGCUCCAUGCACAAUUGGGUCAAUCAUCAGGUUCAAUUAAGGGUGAUGGCAAAACGGCUCAUUCUGAUAUCUGGAGCUCCCGGAUGAGAGAGAAGGUAUGUUGUUUCAGGAGUGACAAUUGGGUGAAAAAUAGUUUGGACUCACCCUCUAAGAAUGCACAUUUUGGCAUUGACGAUUUCCAAGUUGGGGUAUUUUUUAAUUUCUGAUUUUUUUACAUUGGCAAAUCAACUGUCUCCACUGCAACUAAAGGGAAGAUAAUACAGCAUAAAAGGUAAAAAGGUUGAAGGGAAUUAAUUAAAUGUAUGGAAAGGGUGAAAGGAAGCAUAUUGACAUUUGUCCUGCGCAUAUUCACUCUCUCUUUAGUGAGAUUUAAAAGAGAAAAAGGGAAACUUGCUCAGAUCAAAAGUCUUAAUGAAUAAUUUUGCCUUUCAUAUUUUUUGUUAAUGGAUGUCUUAUUUCUACUAGUUUAAUGCUUCCACUUGAAAAUUUGCAGUUUCUGAACAGAUUAGUCUUUGAAAUAGGAUGCAUGUAAUUGCCUUAAGUAGCUCAGCACUAAGUGAUUGCAGACUAAUUUUUCUACUGUUGGAGUUGUUGGACAGUCUACGAGAACAUGAAAUCUAAUGUACACAGUAACGACUACAUGGUUCUACUAGGGUCUUUUGUUUUGGACAUACAUUGUGAUAUAAAAUCUAAGGCAGCAUUAAGUAGAUGGAAUGACUCAUGGAGUUUGGCAGUAUGCUGUUUUAUGUGUCUGAUUCUGUUCACAGAAUAUAAAAAUGUGAAGGAGAAAUCAGGCCUUCAAUUGUUGUUGAGAUAUUCCUUAUGUUAAACAUAUAUAUACAUAUAUAUAUAUACCUUGUGUAAAAUGCAUCAGCCAUUUUUUUGUUUGCAUUAGGUAUCAAAUUUUGUGUCUCCCAUUUAAUUACAUAAUGAGAAAUAGGCUUACUUGCAUGAGCAAGCUGGUACAAUAAUAUGAUUGCAGACUCUUUUUCCUUUAAAAAUGUAUUAAUUGAUUUUGAGAGCUGCUUUGUUUUGUAAGGGAUUUGUCAACUCCCAUGUAUUUGAGAGUUAGAACCGUUGAAUGAUUGCUUGAUAGCCAGAAUUUGAAAUGCUCUUGAAUCUUAAUCUGUAAAUCAUAACUUGGACAUAUCAAUUAUAUAAUGAAUUUUUGUUACUCUAUAUGUCUAAUAAGAGCUUCUGUCUCGAGAUUAUUAUAAUUUUUCCCCAAUUAUCCAAGCUUCUUUAUUAUUUUUACAUGUUGCUGAUGGAUCUUCCUGUGUAAUUUGGUACAAAUAUUGGAUUUUGAUUGCACUGAGGCAUUCUUUUAUUUUGUGCUACAGUAUGGAUUGAAUUCUAGUGAUGCCAAAUAUAAUUUACUGAAUCAGAAGCCGUAGAUGGCCAUGAAGCCCAAGCAGUGAAGAUCGCAAAAGGUAUUUAAAUGUAACGAGAAAGCUGUGAAAAGACUUGGCAGUAUUCCUUGCGAGCCUUGUUGGUGCUGGAUUUUUUUCCCCACUCUGAUAUUUUGUUCUUAGGUAUUUGUCGUGGGGAAUUUGUGAUGUAAAUAGAUGUGCAGUGCAGUGUGUGAAAAUGCUAAGAGUACUGAUGGGGGGCGAGGAUGAUACGGUGUUAUUGGCUGAUUAAAUAGGGAAGAGUUUGUGAUUUAAAGUAAUUAACUAGGUAUCUAAAUUAUUUGCUCAUGCCUUUAAAGUAGGAAAUGCUUUAGCUGUGUCAUGUAGCGUUUUAAUCAAUAACUUUUGUUGUAAUAUGAUUAAAAAUUAAGAAAAAUUAAAUGUUAAUCACGAUUUAAAUCAAAA